CUAGAAGUGACGCUAUUGGCGAUUAUGGUGCUCCGUGUGGCGAACGUGAUUUUAAUCCGACCACCGUUUCCUCUUUUCCUAUAAAGGGUUAUUCUACAGUUGCACAUAAUCAUGAUACCAAUGGUACUCUGUUUUAUUUGUAUUCUAACGAUGGCGGUGCUAAGUUCAACCCCGUGGCAGAGCCGAUAUUCUAUAACGUCACUAAUCGAUUGGGUGAGAAUUUAACGACCUUUGUUGAUCUAACCAAGGCCGGUGCAACUGUUGGCACAAAAGGUAUUCUUCAAACAUAUUUUAUUCAAGGCAAUGAUACUUCUCCAACCAAUACGACAUGGUACAUGUGUGCUGAUAUUAAGAUCAUUGAUGAGCUUGAUAAGGUUUCUAGCGCUGUUUCUAUUAAUGCACCGCACGUCGGGAAUAGCAACUUACCAUGA